CUUCCUCGCUGCGAGGUGACACGGGGCUGCGGCUGGGCAGGGGGGCGAGGCAAGUGAGUUUGGCGUUGGCCUGGUGGCGGCGCGACCCCGGCGGGAGCGCGAUUUAUCUAAUUGCCCAACUACCACUGAUGAAGAUAAGUUGGAGUAACUGCUGAAACUGAGUUUUAUUGACCAGAAGACAGUCCGUUGUUUCACUUCUUUUUGUUUUCCCUACUGCUUUGAGCUUUACUGUAACGGCUGAAAAACUUGGAAAAUAAAAUGAACAUGCUGUGGUCUUGAACAUAACUUUUUUUUUUUGAGGAAAAAUUAAAGUGCCAGAGUGAAAGCCAGAAUGGCAUCCAGAGAGAGGCUCUUUGAACUUUGGAUGCUUUAUUGUACAAAGAAAGAUCCAGAUUACCUGAAGCUGUGGCUGGACAAUUUUGUUUCUAGCUAUGAACAAUUCUUAGAUGUUGACUUUGAAAAGCUGCCUACCAGGGUAGAUGAUGUGCCUCCAGGAAUAUCUCUGCUUCCUGAUAAUAUUCUGCAGGUUCUGAGGACCCAGCUUCUACAGUGUGUUCAGAAAAUGGCAGAUGGGUUAGAAGAACAACAACAAGCCUUGUCAAUUUUGCUUGUCAAGUUCUUCAUUAUUCUUUGCAGAAAUCUAUCUAAUGUGGAAGAAAUUGGAACUUGUUCGUAUAUUAAUCAUGUCAUCACUAUGACAACAUUCUAUAUUCAGCAAUUAAAAAGCAAAAAAAAAGAGAAGGAAUUGGCAGAUCAGACAUCUAUUGAAGAAUUUGUGAUCCAUGCAUUGGCAUUUUGUGAAAGUUUAUAUGAUCCGUAUCGGAAUUGGAGACAUAGAAUUUCAGGACGAAUCCUUAGUACUGUGGAAAAGAGCAGACAGAAAUAUAAACCAGCUUCUCUCACAGUGGAGUUCGUCCCUUUCUUUUAUCAGUGUUUUCAGGAGAGUGAACAUCUCAAGGAGAGUCUUAAGUGUUGCUUACUGCAUCUCUUUGGAGCCAUUGUAGCUGGUGGGCAGAGGAAUGCUUUGCAAGCAAUUUCUCCAGCCACCAUGGAAGUGCUUAUGAGAGUUUUGGCAGAUUGUGAUUCCUGGGAGGACGGAAAUCCUGAAGAAGUGGGUAGGAAGGUAGAACUUACUCUGAAGUGCCUUACAGAAGUGGUACAUCUCCUCCUCACCAGCAGCUCUGACCAGCGUCAAGUGGAAACCAGCACUCUCUUGGAGAACUAUUUUAAAUUGCUGAAUUCAGAUCAUUCAGCUUUACCUAAUCAAAGGAGGUCCAGACAGUGGGAAAGCCGGUUCAUAGCUCUGCAGAUCAAAAUGCUGAAUACUAUCACAGCCAUGUUAGACUGCACAGAUAGGCCUGUUCUUCAGGCCAUUUUUCUCAACAGUAACUGCUUUGAACAUCUCAUACGACUGCUACAGAACUGCAAGCUGUUUUUAAAUGCUAACAAUAAGGUGGCAGACAAGAGCGAGAAAGACCUUGCCAACAAAUUACUGACAGAAAGGAGUGAGGACCAGGUGUUUCAGGGACGAUUGGAUUGUUUGGCUGUAUCAACCAUUCAGGCUUUGACGGCAGUAAUGAACAAAUCUCCAGCUGCUAAGGAAGUAUUUAAAGAAAGAAUUGGUUAUACACAUAUGUUUGAAGUAUUAAAAUCCCUGGGUCAGCCAGCAGUGGAACUACUUAAAGAACUUAUGAAUAUGGCUGUAGAGGGUGACCACACUUCAGUUGGGAUUUUGGGCAUUAGUAAUGUCCAACCUCUCUUGCUUCUUAUCCAGUGGCUUCCAGAGCUAGAAUCCCAUGACCUGCAAAUCUUCAUCUCUGAUUGGCUGAAAAGAAUAUGUUGUAUUAAUAGGCAGAGUCGAACCACUUGUGUCAAUGCAAACAUGGGAAUUCGAAUCAUUGAAACCCUUGAUUCCCAUUCUUCCCUGCACCGAACUUGUGCUGAGAACUUGAUUGUACUCCAUGGUUCCUUGGGGAGUCAGUCAGUGAGCUCAGAAGAAAUCCGUCGACUGCUGAGAUUGCUGAGAGUGGAUGAAUCUGAGUGUAUUCACCCCUAUACCACUCCUGUAACUCGAGCAAUCCUGACAAUGGCCCGAAAACAAAGUCUGGAGAGUGCACUGCAGUAUUUUAAUUUGUCCCAUAGUAUGGCAGGAAUUUCUGUGCCUUCUAUACAGAAAUGGCCAGGGUCUGCCUUUUCUUUCAAUGCUUGGUUUUGCUUAGAUCAGGAUCAGUUGACUCCUGGCAGUGCUAACAAAGGAGGAAAAAGAAAACAAUUAUACAGCUUUUUUACAGCAAGUGGAAUGGGUUUUGAAGCUUUUAUUACCCAUUCAGGUACACUGGUUGUGGCAGUGUGCACGAAAAGAGAAUAUGCAACAGUUACGCUUCCUGACCACAGUUUCUGUGAUUCCCUCUGGCACAACAUAACCAUUGUUCACAUGCCUGGGAAAAGGCCUUUUGGUCAGAGUGUUGUCUUUAUCUACGACAAUGGACAGCAGAAGGUCUCUGCCCCUCUCAGAUUUCCUGCCAUGAAUGAACCUUUUGUUUCUUGCUGCAUUGGUUCAGCUGGGCAAAGAACCACCACUCCUCCACCAUCCCAAAUCCCAGAUCCACCUUUUUCUUCCCCCAUUACCCCUCACCGGACAUCAUUUGGUGGAAUUCUGUCAUCAGCCUCCUGGGGAGGAACAAUGGAAAAAUCAAAAUUGAUUACCAAAUUGAUAUCAGCUGGCACUCAAGACAGUGAAUGGGGAUGUCCCACAUCUCUGGAGGGUCAGCUAGGGUCUGUCAUCAUCUUCUAUGAAGCACUACAGCCUCCUCAGGUGAAGGCAUUGUAUUUAUCAGGUCCAAACUGUUUAAGCCCUUGGAAAUUUCCAGAGUCUGACAUGGCCGACCUGCCUGGUAACGUCCUUCUUCACUACACUGCAAAGGCCUGCAAAAAUUCAAUCUGUCUUGAUUUAUCUACUAAUAGUUUGCAUGGAAGGUUAACAGGAAACAAAGUAGUGAACUGGGACAUUAAGGACGUCAUAAACUGCAUAGGUGGAUUAAAUGUGCUCUUUCCUCUAUUGGAACAAAUCAGCCACUUCAGCGAAGGACAGAUUGCUGAAGGAGUGAAUGAAAGCACAGUUUCUGAGUUGAUAACACCUGUAGAAGGAGAUUGGGUGGUACUGACCUCCACGAAGGCGUCAGAGUCAAGACUAGAGAGAAAUUUAAUUGCAACAUUUAUCUUGAUUGUGAAACAUUUUAUUCAAAGACAUUCUAUUAACCAGGACAAUCUUAUUCACUCGCAUGGAGUUGCCACUCUUGGUGCCUUACUUCAGAAGGUGCCAAGCACCUUGAUGGAUGUUAAUGUAUUGAUGGCAAUUCAGUUACUAAUUGAACAGGUUUCAUUAGAGAAGAAUAUGCAGCUCCUGCAACAAAUGUAUCAGUAUUUACUCUUUGACUUCCGUAUUUGGAACCGUGGAGAUUUUCCCUUUAGAAUUGGUCAUAUACAGUAUCUUUCCACCAUCAUCAAAGACAGCAGGAGAGUUUUCCGAAAGAAGUAUGGUGUGCAGUUUCUCCUAGAUACGCUUAGGAUUUAUUAUGGGAGUGAUUGUAAAUAUAGUGAGCUGUCUCUAGAUGAUAUUCGAACAAUAAGGACUUCUUUGUAUGGACUAAUUAAAUAUUUUCUGUGCAAAGGUGGAACUCAUGAAGAGAUACAAAGUAUCAUGGGUUACAUAGCUGCUAUCAGUGAAGAAGAACAGCUCUUUGGAAUUUUGGAUAUACUCUUCAGUCUCCUACGUACCAGCCCAACUAGAGGUCAGCUUUUCUUACUGCUGUUUGAACCAGGCAAUGCUGACAUACUUUAUGCCUUGCUCUUAAAUCAAAAGUACUCUGACAGAUUAAGAGAAAUCGUUUUUAAGGUUAUGGAACAAAUGUUGAAAUGCACAAAUGUUUAUGAACGAAGUAAACAACGUAUUCGACUGAGAGAAGUCGGCUACUCAGGAUUGGGACUCCUUCUUAAUGAAGCACCUGUUAAUACCUCUCUCAUUAAAAACCUUACCAAUCAAAUCAUAAAUACAGAUCCUGCUAUUAAUUUCAAAGAUCUGUUAUCUGUGGUAUAUAUAUCUCACAGAGCACUCAUGAAUGUCAGAGUGGUCAUCUGCAGAAAGAUUUUACAGAUGUUACAGUCCCAGCCAGAUGCAGCACAUCAGAUAUCUCAACAAGUGGGUUGGCAAGACACUUUAGUUAGGCUUUUUUUAAAAGCACAUUUUGAAAAUGGAAAUACUCUUCGUAAGCACAAUAGGGCUGUUUCAGUGAAAGACAGUGAUAAAAAUAUAUCAGCUGAAGAUGUUAAGAGGAACUUCGAUGAAAAGACGGAUGAGGAAAAAAUCAACUCUUUUGCCUCCACUAAUGUGUCUUCAGAUCAGUGGAGUUUGGAGGAUAGACGCUCGCUGGACUCAAACACACCAUUAUUUCAAGAAGAUAGCUCUGUGGGAGAGUUGUCUUUCAAAUCAGAGAAUCCAGAAGAAUUCUGGCAUAAUAACCCUUCACACUUGAGUUUAGAUCUCAGUAGAAUUGACUCAUGUGAACUGAGUGACAGUGGAAGUCAGAUGCCAGACAGCCUGCCUAGCACACCAUCCCCAGUAGAGUCUCCUAAAUCAUUUUCUGUGCAGUCUGACAAAGAGAGCAGUAUCACAAGUGACAUGGGCUUUAGUGAUGACUUCUCUUCACUUGAAAGCCAAGAGGGAUGUGAGGAGGAGCUUCUUCGGUUACUGACAAACAUUUUGUGUUAUGUAAUGUGUAAAGGACUAGAGAAGUCGGAUGAUGAUACUUGGGUUGAGCGGGGACAAGUGUUUUCAGCACUAACUAAACUGGGAAUAUCCAGUGAGCUACUUCGACCAUCAGAUGAAAUAAAACUAAUUUUGCUACAGAAGAUGUUAGAAUGGGCAGUCACAGAAAACAGAGAAGCCAAAACUAAUCCAGUAACUGCUGAAAACGCCUUCCGACUCAUGCUGAUCACACAGGACUUUCUGCAGUCAGAGGGACUAGUUAAUUCAAACAUGUGGACGGAGAAGCUUUUAGAGAAUAUGACGCUGCUCUUCGAUGGUCUGUCAGUUUGGUAUUCUGCGAGUCCAGAGUGGGUAAAACUCUCUCAAAUUCAAAUCCAGUUGCUUCUUGGCUUCAUUGGAAGGGGUAAUUUGCAGGUUUGUGCAAUGGCAUCAGCUAAGCUAAACACCCUUCUUCACACCAAAGUGAUUGAAAAUCAGGAUGAAGCAUGUUACAUUUUAGGGAAGCUGGAACAUGUUCUAAGUCAGUCAAUCAAAGAACAGACCGAAAUCUACUCAUUUCUGAUUCCCCUUGUCCGUACCCUCGUUUCCAAAAUUUAUGAGCUUCUCUUCAUGAACUUGCACCUGCCUUCUUUACCUUUUACCAAUGGUAGCUCCUCAUUUUUUGAAGAUUUUCAAGAAUAUUGCAGUUCAAAUGAAUGGCAGGUUUACAUUGAAAAAUAUAUUGUACCUUACAUGAAGCAGUAUGAAACCCAUACAUUUUAUGAUGAUCGUGAGAACAUGGCACUUUAUUGGAAGGAUUGUUAUGAAGCCUUAAUGGUGAAUAUGCAUAAACGAGACCGGGAAGGAGGAGAAAGCAAGCUCAAGUUUCAGGAGUUUUUUGUGGAGCCAUUUAACAGAAAAGCACGCCAAGAGAACUUGAGGUAUAAUAAUAUGCUUAAACAACUUAGCAGUCAACAGUUAGCCAGUCUGAGACGCUGGAAGGCAAUACAGCUGUAUCUUACAUGUGAGAGGGGCCCUUGGGCUGAAAGGAAACAAAAUCCAAUUCACUGGAAACUAGCUAAUGUAGAAAAUUAUUCCCGCAUGAAACUUAAAUUGGUGCCGAAUUAUAACUUCAGAACCCAUGAGGAAGCUAGUGCUUUGAGAGAUAAUCUAGGUAUCCAACACUCACAGCCUUCCAGUGAUUCAUUGCUUUUGGAAGUAGUGAAACAAGUAAAAGUUAGUGAUAUGGAGGAAGAUAAAUUAGAUCUUCCUGAAGAGGAGAUAACAGCCAGAGUAAAUACUGAUGAGAAAGAAGAACAGGAUCAAAAAGAAAAAUUAGUAUUGUCAGAAGACUGUGAACUCAUUACAAUGAUUGACGUAAUUCCCGGCAGAUUAGAAAUCACUACUCAACACAUUUACUUCUAUGAUGGCGGCAUUGAAAAAGAAGAUGGAGUAGGCUUUGAUUUCAAGUGGCCUCAUUCUCAAGUUCGAGAGAUUCACCUGCGGCGUUACAACUUAAGGAGGUCAGCCCUUGAGAUCUUUCAUGUUGACCAAUCCAACUACUUUCUCAAUUUUAAAAAAGAGGUUAGAAAUAAAGUAUAUAGCAGACUGUUGUCACUUCAUUCUCCAAAUAGUUAUGGAACCAGAUCACCACAGGAGGCAUUCAAAGCUUCAGGAUUGACACAGAAAUGGGUAAACAGAGAGAUAUCAAAUUUUGACUACCUCAUUCAAAUAAAUACAAUGGCAGGACGAACCUAUAAUGACCUUGCGCAGUAUCCUGUGUUUCCCUGGAUUUUACAAGAUUAUACUUCAGAAGAGUUGGACCUUAAUAACCCAUCUGUAUUUCGAGAUCUUUCCAAACCAAUUGGGGUAGUUAAUGAUAAAAAUGCCAAAGCCAUGCGAGAAAAAUAUGAAAAUUUUGAGGAUCCUAUGGGAACUAUUGAUAAAUUUCAUUAUGGUACUCACUACUCAAAUUCUGCCGGGGUUAUGCACUAUCUAAUUCGUACAGAACCAUUCACCACCCUCCACAUCCAGCUUCAGAGUGGAAGGUUUGACUGUGCAGAUCGACAGUUCCAUUCCAUCCCUGCUACCUGGCAGGCUCUCAUGGACAAUCCAAAUGAUGUGAAGGAACUUAUUCCUGAAUUCUUCUAUUUCCCAGAAUUUUUGGAAAAUCAAAAUGAAUUUAACUUGGGUCGUCUACAAGUUUCCAAAGAACUAGUGAAUGAUGUCAUCCUCCCCAAAUGGGCUAAGUCAGCUGAAGAUUUCAUCUAUAAACAUAGGAAAGCUCUGGAGUCUGAAUUUGUUUCUGCUCAUCUUCAUGAAUGGAUAGAUCUGAUUUUUGGCUAUAAACAGAGGGGGCCAGCUGCAGUGGAGGCACUCAAUGUUUUCUAUUACUGUAGUUAUGAAGGAGCUGUGGAUCUGGAUGCCUUAACAGAUGAAAAGGAAAGAAAAGCCUUAGAAGGGAUGAUUAAUAAUUUUGGGCAAACACCGUGUCAACUGUUAAAGGAACCACACCCUCCUAGAUUAUCAGCAGAAGAAGCAGUGCAGAAGCAGACCAAAACAGACACCUCAACCCUAAACCUAUUUCAACACCUCUCUGAACUCAAGUCAUUUUUUAUAGAGGGAAUUAGUGAUGGUAUUCCACUAAUAAAGGCCAUUGUCCCCAAAAAUCAGUCUCGUUCUUUUAUGUCUCAAGGCAGUCCUGAAUUACUGAUAACAGUAAGCAUGAAUUAUGUAAUUGGAACCCAUGGAUGGCUGCCUUAUGACAGAAACAUUUCUAAUUACUUUACAUUCAUCAAGGAUCAAACUGUGACAAAUCCAAAAACUCAGCGUAGUAUGAAUGGUCCUUUUGCUCCAGGGCUGGAGAUCAAUUCUAAGCUAUUUAUAGUAUCACACGAUGCGAAGUUGCUUUUCAGUGCUGGACACUGGGAUAAUAGCAUUCAAGUGAUGUCACUUACAAAAGGCAAAAUUAUUUCACACAAUAUCAGACAUAUGGAUAUUGUGACUUGUUUAGCUACAGAUUACUGUGGAAUACAUUUGAUUUCUGGUUCCAGAGAUACGACGUGUAUGAUAUGGCAAAUAACACAGCAGGGAGGUGUUCCUGUGGGCUUAGCAUCUAAACCCUUUCAGAUUCUGUAUGGACACACCGAUGAAGUAUUGAGUGUUGGCAUCAGCACUGAGCUAGACAUGGCAGUGUCAGGAUCAAGGGAUGGCACUGUGAUUAUACAUACCAUUCAGAAAGGUCAGUACAUGAGGACUUUACGACCCCCUUGUGAGAGUUCUCUGCUCCUGACCAUUCCCCAUUUGGCUAUAUCUUGGGAAGGACAUGUUGUUAUCUAUUCCAGCAUUGAAGAAAAGACCACCCUCAAGGAUAAGAAUGCAUUGCAUCUGUUUUCUGUAAAUGGCAAGUAUCUAGGGUCUCAAGUCCUGAAGGAACAAGUAUCAGAUAUAUGUGUAAUUGGAGAACACAUUAUCACAGGCAGCUUACAAGGAUUCCUGUCCAUAAGAGAUCUCCACAGUUUGAAUCUCAGCAUCAACCCAUUAGCCAUGCGAUUGCCUAUCUACUGUGUUUGCGUAACCAAAGAAUACAGCCAUAUUCUUGUAGGAUUAGAAGAUGGCAAAUUGAUUGUAGUGGGUGUUGGCAAGCCAGCUGAGAUGCGUUCAGGUCAGCUUACUCGAAAAUUGUGGGGCUCUAGCAAGCGGCUGAGCCAGAUUUCAGCUGGAGAAACUGAAUAUAAUACUCAAGGUUCCAAGUGAUUGUUAUUUCCGUCUUCCGUCAUGGAUAUCUGAAACUUGAUUUACUGCUUUGUCACUUCAACCACAUCUCUCAACUAUCUGAACUGUGUCAGGGCUUUUAUCCCUGAAAAUCAUUUUGGGAUUACCAGAAUUUGGUAUGGUAUGUGUAUAAACACAUAGGUUGUAUUAUUAUCCACUUUAAAAUUUUCUGGUUAAUAUUAUUGAAUCCAAUUUUAUUAACUAAUUCUUGGUCUACACUAAGGUGGAUUUGAGAAAAUACAUUUGAUAGAUUUAGUAGUCCAUUCCUAAAGAUCAUUAGAUCUAUUUUCAAAAAGAAACGUCUAAAAAUGAAGAAUUUAGAUUCAAUUCGCUUAUUGUUCUGAACAACAAAGUUUAAGGUAUUCCUAAUAAAGGAGUAUAGAUAAUGGGACAGUUGAGAGAAAUGGCUUUUAAUUCAUUCUUCAGUUAAUCAUUUUCCUACUUACUUGACCAAUACAUUUAAAAAUACAUCAAUUUAUUUAUGGAACUCCUGAUAGGUGGUAAUACUUUAAAGGCAUCUGUUGCAUGCUUGGAUUUUCAAAACUCAGUAUAAAUUCCAGGUUUGCAUGAUAAGUUGAAAAUAAGACUUGAAAUUAAAACUGAGACAUUGGCUCAUUCCACUACUAAGCACAUUACUAAUGAGAAUUUACUAAAGUGUAUUAUUAUCCUUAAAUAAUAAAGGUUGAAUAAGAAUAAGAGAAACCAGAAAUACGUUUUGUAGAUGUAUUUCAUUAGUAGCAUAAUUAAGGUAAAAUGUUGAUUAUGAUUUUGACAAUUGGGUCCUUUAAGUAUCAUUUGCAGCACAAUUUAUGUCAGCAAAGUUCAAGAUUUCUUGGCUUUUUGUUUACUAAGCAAAUACUAGUUUUCCCCAGUAAUUAAAGAGUUAACAAUCAUACCCAAAUAUAUUACAUUUUUACCUGGGACUUCCGUGUAAUUGGUGUAUGAAUUUGGAAAGAUAUGCAUAACUUAAACUAGUCAUUUAGAUAUAGUAAUUUUUAAAAAUACACGUUUCUGUUUCAUGUUCUGUAUAACUUGUAGGGUUACAAUUUUAUUGUACAUAGCUAAACGUUAGAUUAUGCUUUACUAUUUAAGAUUUUAAAGAAAAAGGCUGAUAGAUUUUUUUUUUUGAUUUAUUUUUGAAUUCAAGGAGAUUGUUCAACUUAGUGCGUUAUUAUAAGGUCAUUUUUUGAGUUAGGUCAGAGAGCUUUUGCAACUGUGAGUGUCCUUAAUCUGAGAUUCCAUGGGUUUGAGGGAAUUUAUGAAUCCCCUGAAAUUGUGUGGAAAUUCUGUGUGUUAACUGCACUUUUUUUAGGAAUGAAUGGUUGUAUGGCUUUCUUAAAGGGGUCUGUGAUCAGGAGGAAAAAAAAUUUUUUUGCAAUAAUAGCUUCUUAAAAUAAUAAUAUUCAUUUUUUAGUCCACAAAUCAUAGAUUUCCUUACGUCGUCGUCUUCUCAAUUGACUCUUUGAGAAAUUUUCCCUCUGCAGUUCUUCUCUCUUGUUGCCCACAGUAUCUCGUAUCCUUUUUAUAAUCUUAUGACUGAGUAAAAAGUUUAUAAGAAGUAAAGGAUCCUGUUUAGGGAAGCUUUUUGAAUAGACUUGAUGUGUUUGAGUCAGGAUGAAUAACAAGUUAUAGAAGAAUUUUCUUUCCAAUUUUUAAAAUUCUCUAAUUCAGUAAAAACAGUUAAUGUUUUCGGUAAAUAACACUGAAACUAGUGCAGCAAGUGCAAAAUAGAACGUAUGUAAAUGUGAAGGUUUCCUUUUUGUGGACUUCAGAAAUUUGUGGUGAAAAUGUCUCAAAACAAGUCAAUAGAGAUAAUUAUGAUUUAUUGAGAUUAUUGCUUCUAUUAGCUUAUUUCAUUCUAUUUUCAUUUUUUAUUGUACAUUUUUUAGGAGGUUUCAAGUAAGCAGAACCAACAUGAUUGAUUUUUUUUAUUUUUUUAAAAACUUUCUAAAUCAAAACUUUGGAAAUGUUUCUUUUGCUUAUUUAUUCAGAGAUUUUGGUAUAAGGAUGCCUUUAUUUUUAAGGCCACUUAAUAUUUUGGAAAUUAUUUUGGAUGCUUAUAAGUUACAAAAAAAGUAACUUAGAUUAUCAGGGAAAAAUUCCUAAAUUUAUGGUGUUUGACUGCUAUUUUUUAGAUGAAAGAACUGAGCAAGCAGUAUUCAUUUUACAGCACAAAUAGGGAGAAGCUUUGUUCACAGUUAAAAUAGAUAUCCUGCGUAGUCUAACAGUAGAGGUUCAGAGCACGGAAUUAUUCCUUACAUUACUUUUUCCAAAAAGUAAAAACCAAAAAUGUAGAAUUUUCAGGAAAAUCUUUGAGAAUAGUAGCAACAAUCUAGAAGAAAAGAACUUAAAGUUUAUCUAUUAAAAUAAGCAAAUACAGUAGAACCAUUAGCCAAAUAAUAUAUUCCUCUUUUAAACAAUUUUGCCCACUGAAUUAAAAAUCACUAGAUAAAAUCACUGGAAAGAUAUACUUUGGGGAAUUCUAGUGUAUUUAGAUGUUAUCCAUAGAAAUUAUUUCUAUAUUGUAUAAUGGACAAAUUAACAGUAUCAUUAGAAUGGAACAACAGGUGGACAUUUCAGUUGAUGAAUGUAUCUCAACUUGGCUAUUAUAAAGUCUGUUGUCUUUGCAGAUAGAACUUUUCAUCUGCUUUUCUUUCCUGACAUUGGUGAUGAUGGAAAUAAAAAUCUCAGCAUCCUGGUGAUGGAGAGAGAUUUAUACUAAGAUAAUGAUUUUACUUUUAGAAUGUGAGGUCAAGUAUUAAAACAAUAAUAGCUCUGCUCACUUAGAGAAUAAAGAAGCUUUAUAAGAUUUUUUUCAACUCUUCCCAAUCAGUAUUCUGUCAUUACUUAGAUAAAAUUGGAGGAAAGAAGAAAAAAUAGAUAAGGGCAUGAAAAUUAGGAAAGUAUAUAAAAAUGAAGCUUGGCCAGUUGGUUUAAAGUCUUUUAAGCCUGUGAAGCUCAUGUCAGCUAUGAAUAGGUUUCUAUUUAUUAAUUUCCUUUAGGUCACAGUGCUUUUUUUAGAUCACAUCCUUUUGUAGAGAGAAGAUGCCAAGUAUUCAUUUGUCAUUAUCAAGGGAGAUCAGUGAGGCUUCCUUUUUUUCUCUAUUAAGGCAUAUAAAAAUUAUCCAUAAAGAACUGGUAUUGAAAAUUUUAUACUUCUGAAAGAAUAAGUCUGCCCUCAUAAUUAAUUAGAAUUUAGAUUUGGAAGUUGAAUCUUAACCUAAGAUUUUUUAUAUUUGCUUGAAUAGGAGUAGGCAGAGAAAAUUGUUGACUUGAAUACCAGAUUUUUAUUUAAUGAUGAUAGAGCCAUGGCCUUUGCCUUUAUAUAUUUUUUAUAUUGUUAUUACUAAAGAAAUCAC